CCGAACAGGAGGGGGCCGUGUCGCGUCUUCUUAGUCCAGGAACUGCUACACUUAAGAGUUCAGGUUUCUUCUUCGUCCUUCGGUUAUUCCUCCUCGGGUCCCCGGGUGAGGGGCACCGACACCCUGGCCACCCGCCGCGUUAGAAGCCCGGUCUCCGGCUCGGGGCUCUUGCUCUGGACCCCACCCCCUGGGACGUGGGGCGAGGGGACUGUAGUGUCCCCCGCCUUUGACGCUCAGGAGCCGUGUUGGCUACUUGAAUGGCCUGACUCCGGCGCCCGCCCCGCCAGCUGGGGACCCCUGGACUCAGAGAUAAAGCAGAAGAUUCACCGUCGCUUCCAUGGCUGCCUCACAAACUUCACAGACUGUUGCAUCUCACGUUCCUUUUGCAGAUUUAUGUUCAACUUUAGAACGAAUACAGAAAAGUAAAGGACGUGCAGAAAAAAUCAGACACUUCAAAGAAUUUUUAGAUUCUUGGAGAAGGUUUCAUGAUGCCCUUCAUAAGAACCAAAAAGAUGUCACAGAUUCUUUUUAUCCAGCCAUGAGACUUAUUCUUCCUCAUCUGGAAAGAGAGAGAAUGGCCUAUGGCAUCAAAGAAACUAUGCUUGCUAAGCUUUAUAUUGAAUUGCUUAACUUACCUCGAGAAGGAAAAGAUGCCCUCAAACUUCUAAACUACAGAACACCUACUGGAACUCGUGGAGAUGCUGGAGACUUUGCGCUGAUUGCAUACUUUGUGUUGAAACCCAGAUGUUUACAGAAGGGAAGUUUAACCAUACAGCAAGUAAAUGACAUUUUAGACUCCAUUGCCAACAAUAAUUCUGCCCAAAGGAAGGACCUAGUAAAGAAGAGUCUUCUUCAGCUUAUAACUCAGAGUUCAGCACUUGAACAAAAGUGGCUGAUACGGAUGAUUGUAAAGGACUUGAAGCUUGGUUUUAGUCAGCAAACUGUAUUUUCUGUUUUUCAUAAUGAUGCUGCUGAGUUGCAUAAUGUCACCACAGAUCUGGAAAAGGUCUGUAGGCAACUGCAUGAUCCUUCAGUUGGACUCAGUGACAUUUCUAUCACUUUAUUCUCUGCCUUUAAACCCAUGCUGGCCACUAUAGCAGAUAUCGAGCGAAUUGAGAAGGACAUGAAACACCAGAGUUUCUACAUUGAAACUAAGCUAGACGGUGAGCGUAUGCAGAUGCACAAGGACGGGGACGUGUAUCGGUACUUCUCCCGCAAUGGGUACAACUAUGAGGAUCAGUUUGGCUCUUCCCCACAGGCAGGUUCCCUUACACCGUUCAUCCAUAGUGCAUUCAAAACAGAUGUGCAAAACUGCAUCCUCGAUGGGGAGAUGAUGGCCUACAACCCUAAUACACAGACUUUUAUGCAAAAGGGGAAUAAGUUUGAUAUUAAAAGAAUGGUAGAAGAUUCUGAUCUGCACACUUGUUACUGUGUUUUUGAUGUAUUGAUGGUUAAUGAUAAAAAGCUAGGACAGGAGACACUGAGAAAGAGAUAUGAAAUUCUUAAUAGUGUUUUUACACCAAUACCAGGUAGAAUAGAAAUAGUGCAAAAAACACAAGCUCAUACUAAGAAAGAAGUAAUUGAUGCCCUGAAUGAAGCAAUAGAUAAAAGAGAAGAGGGGAUCAUGAUAAAACAUCCUCUGUCCAUUUACAAGCCAGAUAAAAGAGGUGAAGGUUGGUUAAAAAUUAAACCAGAGUAUGUAAAUGGGCUGAUGGAUGAACUGGACAUCUUAAUCGUGGGGGGCUACUGGGGGAAAGGUUCCCGGGGUGGAAUGAUGUCUCAUUUUUUGUGUGCGGUGUCAGAGAAACCCCCUUCUGGUGAAAAACCGUCAGUGUUUCAUACUAUCUGUCGCGUUGGCUCAGGUUACACCAUGAAAGAACUGUAUGACCUGGGUUUGAAGUUGGCCAAACACUGGAAGCCUUUUCAUAAGAAAUCUCCACCAAGUUGCAUUUUAUGUGGAACAGAGAAGCCAGAGGUCUACAUCGAACCUUGGAAUUCGGUCAUCGUUCAGGUUAAGGCCGCAGAGAUCGUCCCCAGUGGUAUGUAUAAAACUGGCUGCACGUUGCGUUUUCCACGAAUUGAGAAGAUAAGAGAAAACAAAGAAUGGCAUGAAUGUACAUCUCUGGAGGACUUAGAACAACUUCGAGGGAAAGCCUCCGGAAAGCUUGCAUCUAAACACCUUUUUGUGGGUGAUGAUGAUGAACCCCGAGAAAAAAAGCGGAAAGCUGCCCCAAAGAUGAAGAAAGUUAUUGGAAUUAUUGAGCACCUAAAAGCGCCCAACCUUUCUAACAUAAACAAAGUUUCUACUAUAUUUGAAGAUGUGGAGUUUUGUGUCAUGAGUGGAACGAACAGCCAUCCGAAGCCUGAUCUGGAGAAUAGAAUCGCAGAAUUCGGUGGUUACAUAGUCCAAAAUCCAGGCCCAGACACGUACUGUGUGAUUGCAGGGUCUGAGAACAUUCGCGUGAAAAACAUCAUCUCUUCUGAUAAACACGAUGUUGUCAAGCCAGAGUGGCUGUUAGAGUGCCUAGAGACCAAAAGCUGUGUGCCGUGGCAGCCUCGCUUCAUGAUCCACAUGUGCCCGUCAACAAGACAGCACUUUGCUCGGGAAUACGACCGCUACGGGGAUAGUUACUUUGUCGAUACAGAUUUGAACCAACUGAAGGAAGUGUUCUCAGGAAUUAAAAAUGCAAGUGAACAGACUCCCAGGGAAAUGGGUCCUGUGAUUGCCGAUUUGGAACACCGGUACUCCUGGGACAACACUCCUCUUAGCAUGUUUCGGCACCACACCGUUUAUUUGGACUUGUAUGCUGUUAUUAAUGACUUAAGUACUAAAAUCGAGGGGGCGAGAUUAGCUAUCACAGCCCUGGAGCUUCAAUUUCAUGGAGCAAAAGUAGUUUCAUGCUUAGCUGAGGGAGUGUCUCAUGUCAUCAUUGGGGAGGAUCAGAGUCAUGUUGCAGACUUUAAAGCUUUUCGAAGAACUCUUAAGAGAAAGUUUAAAAUUCUACAAGAACGUUGGGUAACUGAAUCAAUAGACAGGAGUGAACUACAGGAGGAAAAUCAAUAUUUGGUUUGAAGCUACCUUUCCUAGUGAGGGAAGCCUCUGAUCUGGCUGACUCAUUAAACUACAUUUUAUUUUAAUCUCUUAAAAUCUAUGCUUAAACAGUACUAUUAGAUAUAGAAACACAGUAAUCAUAACUUUUGAUAUAGAAAAGACACCCAAAUGGCCCAAGGUCAAGAAAGAAAAUUUUUUAACAGUGUAGUAGUUGAUUAUUUUUAUAACCAAGAUGAUAUAAAAUGUUUAACAUUACGGUCUCCUUAUAGAAAUCUAGAAUUUUGACUCAUAUUAAUAAAAUAGAUUUAGAAGCUUUUGGAGUCAUUAAAAACAGUGACCUAAACAGGAUUUUCUGAAGUCAAAUAAAAAUUUUAAUAAUAGUUUUUGUCUAAUAAAAACAUUGCAAGAAAAAAAUCAGAAUUGUUACAAUUGGACUUGUAAAUAUAUGUCUUUUUAAGUUGAAGGCUAAAAGUCCUCUUUUAAAUGUGAAAUGUGAACAAACUUAUUUUUUAAGGUUAAGUCAAGCUCAUGAAUACAUACCUUGUUAAUGAUGUCAUUAGCUAAAUCGGGAAGUUGAAUGAGAUUUAACGGUCUAA